CACAGCAAAAGUAUGGAUAUAUAUAGAUGAGGCUGAAAACCAUCAUCUUAUCCACCACCAUUGUCAUCAAAAUCUAAGAAAUGCAACCAUUCUGAUAUGUUGUUUAAUUUGCCUAUUAUACAUCAAUAAUAGCAACGCAUGGAAGCACAAUUGUGGUACAAUAAAACAUACAAUUGUAUAGGGCGAGAGACAUGGAGACUUCAACAUCCACUCCAAAUUUUAUAUACAAGUAAUUGGCAGCAACCCCUUUUUCAGCCCUUUAAUUCUUCAUUUUCCCACAGUGUGAUCUGUGGACGCAUCCACCUCAAUGGAACAAAGACAUUGGCUACAAGAAGGAGAAGAUCAAACAUAGAGACAGGCACUUAUGUACUAAUGGAACCUGGAAAGUCAGAGGAGUUUGUUACUGAGGAAGAAUUAAGGGACAAGUUAAAGGGUUGGUUAGAAAAUUGGCCAGGGAAAGCACUGCCACCAGAUCUUGCAAGAUUUGAAGAUAUUGAUGAUGCAGUUGAAUUCCUAGUAAAAUCUGUAUGUGAACUUGAAAUUGAUGGAGAUGUUGGUUCCCUUCAGUGGUAUCAAGUUCGUUUGCAACAUGACUAGUCAUUCUAUUUGUGUGUUAUCCUUGUGCGGGGUUAUGUCAAUCUUCACUGUAUUGUUUCAAUUUUAUUGGAGACAUGGGGCACAUGACUAGUUACUAAAAUCAAACAUACAUUUAUUAUUAAUAUAGACAUUAGUUAUGCAGGAA